CCCACAAGAAAAUGUUUGUAAGGUGGAGGAGGACGGGGUUUUCAGUGACCAGCACCUGGAUAACCUGGAGAGGAUCUGCAGCCCGGACCAGGAGGAACCAGGGCAUCCACAGACUACAGAACUGGAGGAAGACUCCGGCCGUCAGGAGAUGAAGCACGAGGACGUAGAGGUGGAUGUCUCAUUGGUCAAUGUCGCUGAUGUGAAAGUUGAAAAUGAUGAACCAGGACCAAACUGUGGCCAGCUGCUGUUGCACACUUCUCCUGAAGCUCAAAACAAAGAUGAGGAAGGGACUGAAAGUUUACGCUCAGACUCCAGUAAAACUGCAGAUCCAGAGUCAAUGAGACGACACGGUGACCACGAAGAUGCUGCUGUCCCGUCAGACAGCAACUGUAAAUCAAAGCUGACCAUGACCCACACGGGGAAGAAGGUAUUUUCUUGCAGCACUUGCAGGAAAGAGUUCAGUAAAAGUAGUAAUUUAAUGGAUCACGUGAAGAUCCACACUGGCGAAAGGCCGUACCUGUGCAACACCUGCGGAAAAUCGUUUACCCAAUCAUCAGAUCUUAAACGCCACAUAACCACGCACACGGGCGAGAAGCCCUACAUCUGCAAAACAUGUGGUAAAAGUUACAGGCUACGUUCCCACCUGGUGGUUCACUCGAGGACCCACACGGGCGAGAAGCCGUACCUGUGCAACACCUGCGGAAAAACCUUUACUCAGUCAUCAAUUCUUAAACGGCACAUAACCACACACACGGGAGAGAAGCCCUACAUCUGCAAAACAUGUGGAAAAAGUUACAUAGAACGUUCCAACCUGGUUAUUCACUCGAGGAUCCACACCGGUGAAAGGCCGUACCUGUGCAACACCUGCAGCAAACCCUUUACUAGAUUAUCAGAUCUUAAAAGCCACAUAACCACGCACACGGGCGAGAAGCGAUAUUUGUGCAAGACAUGCAACAAAGGUUUUAGCCGCAGAUUUGAUUUGCUGAGUCACAUGAAAAAUCACCCGGAGGAGAAGUCUGGUGACUCGUGACAAAUGAAGCUCAUGUUGUCGUCCUCCGGGGGCAGCUGUCCACUCCUGUCUGACACACAGAAGAAGAACCCGCAGAAGUCCAACCACCACCUCCUGUGGCUGAUGAGCCUAAUCCCCUCCCCACAAGAGUUGCAGGUUCCACCCGGAUUUAUGCUUCUCUGUCAACUUAACGCAGAGGGAAUGAUGUGGUUGUGUACUUUUUAUUUAAAGUUCUGCAAUGAGUUUGUUUGAAUCCCUGUUCCUUCUUAAAAUCGUAUUAUUUGUUGCUGUUGGUAACUUGCCGUCUCCACGGUGCAAAUAAAGAGCUGUUAGUAUUUGCUGAAGUUUCUUUAAACGUGACAGUUUAUUUCGUUCAUCUACAAAGCCUCUCUCACACGCCCUUUUUCCCGUCUGUUUCUUCUUCACUCACAUUCUCUUUGUAAAGUUAAUCUGCAGCUCGAUGUUGUUAAACUCUCUCCAUCUACUCCAUUCAGAGGUUAUAUAUUGUGAUGUUAUACAUAGUUCGCUGAAAACUGUAAAAGGCUUUUUGCAUUUUAAAAUCUGAGCUGCGCGUACAUCAGAUUAUCGUGAUAAUUCAUGGGACAAACUAAGUCAAAACAAUGUAAUUCAAAUUAUCCAUGCUGUUUUAUUGUAACAAUGCAAGCUAAA